ACCCACAUCGAUCUAAUGACUCGUGUUUGAUUAGUGAAGGUACAACGCUGAUAGACAGUGCAUCUUGACACGAGUAGCGAGAGCGCGUGUGUUGUUUUCAGUCUGCAGAAUCCGCUACCGGUAGACGGCGACGAGACUGUGGCAAACAAAAGGUAUCUUCUAAAGGCCCUCUAUAACGUCGAUUGAGUUCUCUCGCUCGAUUUGAUCUCGCGGUGGCUCCAGCAGAAUAAACAAAACAAAUUGCUCGAAUUGCGAAUUACGAUACACCGGGUAGACAGCCGGGCGUGUGCUUCUAAACUUAGCUCAGCCGGGGUGUUAUCUGUGAAGUUCAAUCAACCGAUAAUUGAGGUGAGCGGAAUUUAUUUACGGCACCCUCUGGGAAAGGCGAAUACCAACUGGUUGUAUUUUGGAGAAGAGUGUUAAUCCAUAGUGGCUUACAAUGCGGAAGCGUGGAAUGCAGCUCGAUGAGAAUAUUUGGAAUGAUGGAUCAGAAGAAAUUCUCCUGGCAGACCAAUGUCGUCAUAUUCGGAUGUCCCACGGAUCACAGGGAGUUGUUGGAAGAUUGCUGUUCCUGAUGGCGGCGGCAGUGGCGUCACUAGUUACUUCAUUAGCAGCAGGACUACCCCAAACCGAGGCCGUGCAGAUCCGGUGCACCCACCGGGAUGAUUUCCUGUACGCAGUUCCGUCCUCCGGGUGUUCAACGUACUAUCGCUGCUAUCAUCGUCAACCGAUACGAUACAAAUGUGGCGACGGAGCGUAUUUCGAAUAUCGUCAGCAGAAGUGUGUUAGAAAUGAAGGAACCUGUUACGAUCUGUUGUGUACCGGAAAAACGGAUGGGGUUUAUGCCGACACUACUCAAGCGUGUCGCCGAUUUUACGAGUGUAGCGGAGGCAAUUUGGUGAAGGUUGACAACUGUCCACUGGGGACCUUGUUUGAUGGAAUCGAAUGCGCGCCGCGGCAGGAAGUGACCUGUGCUAGUCCGGUGGAUGAAGCUAUUGGCACUCCCAUUCCAAGCGAUGAUCGUUGUUAUGGCAGAGGCGAUGGAUUCCACGUGCUAGAGGAUGAUCAAUGCCAGAAAGUGCUAGUGUGUGAGGAUAGCAGUGUUGUUGAAGUGUUGGAAUGUCCAGAGGGAUACGCGUAUGAUGAGCGGAUGAAGCGCUGUAUUUUCUCAAGUGGAUUGGGUUUACCGGGUUGCGCAAGUAAUACGAUGGAUGAAAGUGAUGAUAUAUGUGCAGCAUUACCAGAAGGUUUAUACUUGGACCCGCUAUCUAAAAACUGUAAAAGUUAUGUGAAAUGCAAGGACGGGCGAAAGAUGGCGAGAAUGGACUGUUCAAAAGGAACCGUUUUCAAUGGAGCUCAGUGUGUUCCCGAGUUUUUGUACCACUGUCCGCGAAUGGCACUUCCGGGAGAUAUUUGUGAUAAAAAGAACGAUGGACUGUAUAAUGAUCCCAGGAAAGGAUGUUCUUAUUUCGUGAAGUGUGAAAACUUUAAAACAGUGGACAGUUUUUCCUGUCCGAGUGGGUUCAUUUUUGAUCCGGUUCAAAAUGUGUGUACAGAGGAUCCGGGUAGUGACUUUUGUCAAGAAGUGGGAUAUUCCAACGAUUGCAGUCUUCGUUCGGCUGGUUUUUACCAGGAUUUCUCGGAUCAAUCGAAGUGUUCUAACUUUUUCUAUUGCUUCAACGGAUUCAAAACUAUUCUGCGAUGCCCUGCAAAUCAGGUUUUUGAUGGAGAAAAUUGUGUGCAAUCAUCGUCUUACUCGUGUCCGUCUGAAAACUCUGAUUCGUGUGCCAAUAAGGCGAAUGGAUUCUAUCGAGACUUCAGUGGGAGUUGUCGGUCUUACUUCCAUUGCUCAGAAGGCAGCAAAACUUCCUACCUCUGCAAACCAGGGCAAGUUUUCAUCGGUGGUCAAUGCUCCGAUCGUCAGGAAGAUACCGUAUGUGAAGAUGACAUUAUGUGUUCCGGGAAAUCCGACGGAUAUCAGCAAGAUCUUCAGAGUGCCUGUCGGAGUUAUUACUACUGUCAAGGAGGCGAAAGGCUACAAACGCUCACUUGUCGAGGAAGCAAAAUUUAUAACGGUCACAGUUGCGUUUCUCAAGAUGUUUAUAAAUGUCCAGUAGGGAGUGCGGCCUCUAAUCCCUAUCUCAAUUGUCUACCCCGGAAAUGUAAUCCCAGUUGUUCCAAGAGUGGCUUUCAAACCGACUACGACAGUGGUUGCCAGAAUUAUUUCUUCUGCAUCGAUACUAAAAAGACACUGCUCUCUUGCUCGAGCAAUUACAUUUUUAAUGGAGAAAUUUGCGUGCCAACCAGUAUGUACAACUGUCCGAAGUACUGCGAUGAUACGGUUGAAUGCAGCUAGUUUAGAAUUACCUACCUCAAGCUGUACCUUUUUCGUUCAGAAGCAGGAAACACAACAAAGAGAGAAAGAUUUCAUACCUGCGUUUUUAUCCUUGGAGGGAAAACCAUAGAGUGGCGACAGCUUAUUUUCAAAUCAAGGCCAUAAAUGCUAAGUAAAUGAGGCGUUCCAGCUAGAUUUAGUGUGAAUUAUUUAUUUAGUGAUUCUUCGGAGGAGAUUUCCCCUGGUUUAUCCAGAAAUCACCUCCAGAAAAUGCGGUAACCCAACUAAUGGGAUCUGUCUGUGUCUGUUUGUCUCACCUAAUGGGUACCCUAUUAGGCAUACAUGUAAUGACGAUUUUUGCGUCAAACACUCACUUACUCACUGUUUCAUUCGCAAACGACUGUAUUUAUUAUUCUUCCAUUUACAUCUUACGUCAAUGCAUUUAUUAUAGUUAUAAAAAAUCUAGUUAUUAUGAGUUAUAUUCAGAAGCAUACAAAUAAUGUGGGGCCAUUCAUGGACAAGGGAAAUUUAUAUUUAUUAUUCUAAGUCGCUUCUUAAACAUUACAUACUCCUCUAGAACAAUUUGCAGUUUUGCAAACUAUUAUUAUCCUUUAAAC